CUUCCUCCAUAACAACUCAUCACCCAACUCCUUCCCAACCUACUCAAUCCUCUCAAACCCAAACUAUCACCAACAACACCACUUUCCAUAACAAAACCUUUCAUGGCUUCUGCAGAGCAAGCUCUCCUUUCAACCGAGAUUGUCAACCGUGGUGUUGAAGCCUCCGGCCCGGACGCCGGCUCUCCGACCUUCUCCGUCAUAGUCAGGCGCCGUUUGCCGGACUUCUUACAGUCAGUGAAUCUCAAAUACGUCAAACUUGGCUACCACUACCUUAUAAGUCAUGCAAUAUAUUUAGCUACCAUCCCUGUUAUUGUUCUUGUGUUUGGUGCUGAAAUUGGAAGUUUAAGUAAAGAAGAACUAUGGAAGAAAAUCUGGGAAGAAGCUACUUAUGAUCUUGCUACUUUGCUUGCCUUCUUAGCUGUUCUCGUCUUCACUGUCUCAGUCUACUUCAUGUCUCGUCCUCGGCCCAUUUACCUCAUCGACUUCGCUUGUUACCGCCCUUCCGAUGAGCUAAAGGUUUCAAAGAAGGAGUUUAUAGAAUUAGCAAGAAAAUCAGGUAAAUUUGAUGAAGAAAGCUUAGCAUUCCAAAGCCGAAUUCUCAACUCAUCCGGCAUCGGCGAUGAAACAUAUAUCCCUAGAUGCAUUUACUCUUCCGACAAAUGUGCGACGAUGAAAGAAGGCCGUACUGAGGUCUCUGAAGUCAUGUUCGGAGCUCUCGACGAACUCUUCCAGAAAACUCGAGUCCGGCCGAAGGACGUCGGUGUCAUCAUCGUCAAUUGCAGUCAGUUCAACCCAACCCCAUCUCUUUCGGCCAUGAUUAUUAACCAUUACAAGAUGCGUGGCAAUGUUUUGAGCUACAACCUCGGUGGAAUGGGAUGCAGUGCGAGUAUCAUUGCACUUGAUCUAGCCCAAGAUAUGUUGCAAGCCAACGCCAACAACUACGCCGUGGUUGUGAGCACGGAGGCCGUGUCUUUCACUUGGUACACCGGCCGCAACCGCUCAAUGCUCAUCCCUAAUUGUUUUUUCCGUAUGGGUUGCUCCGCCGUGCUUCUUUCUAACCGACGCCGAGAUUUUAGUCGUGCUAAGUACCGUCUUGAGCACAUCGUCCGCACUCACAAAGGCGGCGAUGACCGCAGCUUCAGAUGUGUGUAUCAAGAAGAAGAUGAGCAAAGGAUCAAAGGUUUAUCAAUAAGCAGAGAGCUAAUGGAGAUUGGAGGACAAGCAUUGAAGACGAACAUCACUACUCUUGGUCCACUAGUACUUCCUUUCUCCGAACAGCUCCUCUUCUUUGCAACCUUGCUCUACCGGCACUUAUUCGGUAAACGAGCUGCCGGAGAGACUGAAACAUCAUCGACUUCAGUGAAACCAUACAUUCCGGACUACAAGCUCGCGUUCGAGCACUUUUGCGUGCACGCGGCGAGCAAGGUGGUGCUGGACGCGCUGCAGAGUAAUCUUGAACUAAGUAGUGAUAACCUGGAAGCGUCUCGUGCAGUGCUGCAUCGGUUCGGCAACACGUCGAGCAGCAGCAUUUGGUAUGAGCUCGCAUACAUUGAGGCCAAAGGGCGUGUGCGACGCGGUGAUAGAGUUUGGCAGCUGGCGUUCGGGUCAGGAUUCAAGUGUAAUAGUGCUGUUUGGCGCGCUGUGCGGCGCAUCAAGAAGCCUGCGCGCGGACCGUGGAUUGAUUGUGUUGAUGCGUACCCGGCUGAGCUGUGACCUGUGUAAGCUCGGCCGUGUUGCAUGUGUGCGCGCUUAGCUUCUUGUUAAUUUCUAAGCUAUCUUUUUUUUUUCUUUGAUGUUGCUGUUAUAAGCUGUUGUUAGACUAUUAAUUACUAUUGGCACUUAUAUUUAAUUUACUGAAGUUUAAAACUUGUUGGUUUAUUAAUA